ACACUGCGUGUUGUGCGGCUCACCCAUCAUGCACUGCUGCACGCAUAGGGGGAGGAGCUUUCGCAGCUAGUUUCAAGUUUAUGUUUCAGCAUCUUUUGCAGUAUUUUAAUGUUUUGAUUCAGAAGUGAUCCACUGUGCACCUUGCAGGAGCUGUUGAUCGACUGUCUUUUGAGGGGGGUUCUUGUAAGAAUACGUCAGGCGUUCAAAGGAGUGAAGUCUGGCCCCUCACAGUCUACAGAAGCAGUCUCACCGCUGGACUCAACGUCUGCUGCAGGUGUCCCAAUGGCCAGUGAAGAUUCCACAGAACAACUUCCAGGAGACGCAGCAGAUUCAGAAGUGAAGCCAGAGGCAGUGGAGUCAUGCCUGCUGGAUGGCAAUGAUGCUGGUGUAAGUAAACCAAACCUUCAAAACAGCCUGAUGGAAAGCCAUCAGAUGGAGCAGGAGGAAGUAGAGAAGCUUCAAGGGGAGAUGGAGGAAGAUCUGGAUUUAAGACAACAACCGGGUAUGGACCAUGAAAGCGGUCUAGAAAAAGCCAAUCUAACUGACCAGAAUGAAGAAGAAUGUGCACAGGGACAAUCUCAACAGAAGAAUGCUGAAGAAGUAGAGAAGAAUGAAGAGGGGGAGGUUGCAGAGGAUGCAACACGGUGUUCAGAACAGCUUGUGAUCGCUAAAGUCGAGGACUUUACCAAUGAAAUGGCAGUAGAUGUGAACCAGACUGAGGAUCGCCAUGGGAGGAUGGAGGUAGAUGGAUCAGAUGAUGCAGGAAACUCUUUUUCUAAAUGCAUAAAAAGGGAGAAAACAGAGCCAUCUGUCGUGCAAACACAGUCAGUGGUAAAAACUGAGUUAAAACCUCAAGUGGCCCAGCUCUCUGGUGCCCUGCCAGUGAAUGUGAAGGAUGAGCCAAUGGAUGAGGAGUAUGAGAAAGUGUCGGAGCCACUGGGCCCAGUGGGAAACAUUAAAGAUGAGCCCAACACAGCAGCUGAGUUUAGCCAGACACCUGAUGCGAUCAAGAUCAGUGCAGUUUUCUCUGUAGGAGGAAAUGCCACAUCCAUCGCUCCAGCAGCCGUUCCAGCAAAGGCGACAGCACCACCUACACUACCCCUUCGUUCUCUGGCCCAUGCCAAUCCAGUUGGUGUGGUCUGCACAGGCUGUAAUAAAGUCCUCUUAAAGGGAGAGACGGCUUUCCAGCGCAAAGGCUGUCCUAAACUGUACUGUUCACCUCAGUGUCUUUGUAACACUUCUGAUUUGGUGGUCAAAUUACCUAAGAAGAAACAAUGUCACCACUGCCACAAAGAGAUUCUUGACCCGAAGGAUUUGAUCAAUGCCCCGGUGGAAAAGUCAGGGACUUUGAAGGAUUUCUGCAGUCAGCAAUGCCUCAGCGCUUUAAGCUUCAAGUGCAGUGUGUGUCAGAAGACAGCAAUGACUUACACACAUGAAGUGAACUUAAUGGGCUCCAUCCAUAAGCUGUGCAGUGACCGCUGCUUUAACCAGUUCCGCUCCUCCAAUAAACUGACUAUGAACAGCUGUGUGAACUGUGGAGGAUAUUGCUAUGACACAGACGGUCAAUGUCCGACUCUGCAGAUAGAGGGCAGUCUUAUAAAGUUCUGCAGGCAAAACUGCCUCAUAGGCUUCAAAAAGAAAAGUUUGAAACCUGUCACCUGCAAACUUUGUCGUACCAUGCGCCCGGUUGCAGAAAUGGUGGACAGUCUGAAUACAGCAGGAAUCAGGGAGCUUUUCUGUUCAACUUCCUGCGUCACAACGAAUAAGGUUCAGACUGUCAGUUCUUCAGGUGCUCCGGUGGAAUGCAACAGCUGCAAGCUUAAACUAGUGCCUCAGUAUCAUCUAGCCAUGUCUGACGGAAGCAUCCAAAACUUCUGCUCCUUGUCAUGUGUAGUAUCAUAUCAGGAGUCCUUCAGUAAGACGAAACCUAACGUACCAGUAAAUGCUGUUACCUCUACAAGCAACAACACAUCUACCCCAAAAACUGCUACUCUCAAACCUGCAUCCUCAGACUCCAGUUCAUCAGUAAAGGCUUCCAGUGGUCCGGUGCAGACAGCCACCAAGAUCCCCUGCUCUCAGUGUCUGAACUCGUUCUUUCACAGACCAGAGCUCCUGGAGUUCAAGAGGAAAAUGUAUGCUUUCUGUGAUAACGCUUGUGUUGAGGAGUUCAAACAGAUCAACAAUGUCAUGGCUCGCUGUGAAUACUGUAAGCUUGAUAAAAUUGUCAAGGAAGUGAAAAAAAUACACCAGAUUGACCGCUCUUUCUGCAGUGAGGGAUGCAAGUUACUGUAUAAGCAUGACCUGGUCAAGCGCUGGGGGAAGAAACACUGUCGCAGCUGCCUUUACUGUAGCGCAUCAACUCCGACUUCAGUGACCGAAGUGAUUAAUAACGUCGAGGCGGAGUUCUGUGGGAAACUAUGCUUGUUACAACACAACUUAUUAAUGCGUAAGGAAAUAAAGUGCUGCAUGUGCAAGCAGGCCAAAACGAUGACCGAGACUGUGAAGUGGCUGGGUGAAAUCAAGCAUUUCUGCAGCUUGCAGUGCUUGAUGUUCUUUUGCAGUCUGCAGGGAACCACCGGGGCAGUCAGACCUGCAAACAAACCUCUACCCACACAAGGGACAAGACCAGCACAGUCUCCAGGCCCUCAAAAUACAGUUAAUCGCACAUCACUGAUAACUAAAGAGGCCACGCCAGUCAUUGCCGGUGUUCUAUCACUCUCAGGUGCAUCCAGUGGACAGCCAGGUGUUUUAGGGAACAGCGGUCUGCAAGCCUCUGUUCCAGCUGCUACAGCAAAAAGUUCAGUAAAUGUGGCCAGCACACAGACAGACGGUGAGAAGGCUCCAGCGCCUCGAAUCCUGAAGAACAAAGCCUUGCUGUGCAAACCAUUAAGUCAGAACAAAGGCACAUCCUGUAAACCCAAUGUGUGUGACAUGAACACACAAACAGAUGGACCUCCUGUCAUAGUGCUGCCUGUGCCAGUGCCAAUCUAUGUUCCGCUUCCCAUGAACCUCUACACACAAUACACUCCGAAGUCUGUUGGGCUUCCACUUCCGGUUCCGGUGCCUUUGUUCUUCCCUACAACUCUGGACAGUGCUGAGCGCAUUGUGAAGACCAUUCAGGAUAUCAAAGAGAAGAUCCCUGAUGACCCUCUGGAGGCCGACCUCAUCAUGAUGGCAGAGAUGGUGGCUGAGGAUGCAGAGAAGGAGAAAAGCAUCACUGUUCCUGAUCCGACUAGUAACAUAAUGGAUGAACUUGAUCUGGAAGCCCUGUCCGGUAAUCUGAGUUGGGAGGAGGACUCUGUGUCUUCUGCCCAGACAUGGGAUCAAAACCCAGAGCCUGAGAUGCCUCCUCCGUCCCGAUCUGACACACUGACCCCUGUCUCCACCGCAGCAGAAGAGCCACAGAUGGACUUGGAGGCAGAUUUCCCAAUUGAGAGCAUUGAACUUCUCAAAGAGCAAACACAAGAGGAGACAACAGAUUCUGUCAAACGGAAGUCUCGCAAGAGAAAACAUGACGGCUUCCCUCAGAAGAAACGGGCCCAAAAGAAGGCAGCUGUUGUUCCAGUCAAAUCAGCAUUAGACAGCCUCUCUAACCUCUCAAAACUGCAACAUGAGUACGCUGUAAAUGCUUGGAAGGAAUGGGUACGCUGGAGGAACGUCCAACCCAACAUGGAGACCCCCCGAUUUGGCUCACGCAGUAUGACACUAAAGGAGGACUUGCUGAAGUGUUGCACAGCUGAACUAAGCUACGGCCUCUGCAAGUUCAUUUCUGAAGUGCGUCGACCCAACGGAGAGAAAUACAGCCCUGACAGCAUCUUUUAUCUCUGCUUGGGAAUCCAGAAGUACUUGUUUGAGAACAAUUGGAUGGAGAACAUCUUCGUGGAUGUCUUCUACACCAAAUUCUGCCAGGAGCUGACCAACAUCCUCCGAGGGUGGAAACCAACUAUUUUGUCCAGUGGUUACGUUCAUUCUCGCGUGGAGGAGUAUCAUCUGUGGGACUGUAAGCAGCUGGGGGCGUUUUCACCAGGUGUGCUGCUCAACACGCUGCUCUAUUUCUUCACCAAGUACUUCAACUUCAAGACGGUGGAGCAGCACCGUCGCAUCUCUUUUGGCCACAUUGUACGCUGCUUUCAGAGCAAGGGUGACACAAAAGUGGCCUGUUUGCGUUUCUAUCCCCCCAAAGAGGUUGCAAGCACAGUUGGCGUCCCUGCAAAAAAAAGGAAGGAAGAUGAUGACACCAUAUAUGAGAUAAAGGAGAAUGCAGACAAUCCUCUUCACUGUCCUGUCAGGCUGUAUGAUUUCUAUCUCUCAAAAUGCUCACCCAGUGUGAGGCAACGCACAACCGACUUUUACCUGAGCCCCGAGCGCUCCUGUGUACCCGACAGUCCCAUGUGGUUCUCGACCACCUCUCUGAGUGAUGAGGCUCUGGACAGCAUGCUCACGCGAAUCCUUGCAAUCAGAGAGCUGCACCUGGAGAGAGACCAAUCACCCAAUGAGACGGAUUCGGACAGUGACUCGGACUUCAGGCCCUGAUUUUGAAAUAAAACGUACAGCAUAAGCGCACACUAAAUUUGCAGGAUUAAGAAGUCAUCUUGGUUUUCUCCUAGAGUAUUUCUACAAAGAUGACAAAAUCUGGAUGCCAUUAAAUAGGCCUUAAGGAUAUUGAUAGUGAUUCCAAUGGAUGUAAACCAAGUGUUUUGUCAUUGUAUUUUCCAUGUUUAAUUGGAUUGAAGUUAAUGAGGCUGUAUAGUGUUUUUUGUGAUCAAGUGUAUGGAAAAACAAUAUUUGAUACAAGCGGCUGAAGAAAAAAAACAUUUCAAAAGGUGCAUAUGGUUGUAUUAAUUUUUUUCAGAUGACAAUGCAUAGGUUUAUGCAAUGCCACAUUACACAAGUAAUAUUUUAUAGGGUUUCUGCACAUAUUUUUAUUAAAAUGAAACACUACUGACAUUGACUGCACCUUUUACAACAGGCAUUUAAAACAGUGGCUGGUGUAUCUACUCAUUAAAAGGAAUAUGGGAGGGUUUUUCUUUUCUUUUUGCAACCUGACCACUUCAGGAUUUAAUUCUUGUAUGGUCAGGCCUGCAAUUUUUUGGAUAAAAAAAGACUAUAAAACUA